UCACCAUUACAUGAGCUGUUGUUGUUGUUGCUGUUGUUCCUGCUGCCUCCUGUCUCUCUCUCACCCUCGUUCCCUACUCUCUCUCCCUCCCCCUCCCUCUCCAUACUAAUUCUCUCUCGCCUUUCCCCCAUCUUGUUGUCUCUCUCCCUCCCCUGUCCUCUCCCCCUCUCCCCUCUUCUCUCUACAUUCCUCCCCAACCCAGCAGCGGCAUGGUGGCUGUCUAGCAUGAGUCUGGUCCUGCCCAAGGUUUCUGCCUGUUAAAGGAAGUUUUUCCUCGCCACUGUAACUCAUGUUAGUUGAGAUGGGCCAAAACCCAUCUUAGGUUGGUUCUUGAUCAUCAAACAAUGAGCGUGGUCCAGACCUGCUCUUGUUCCUUGAAAAGCGUCUUGAGAUGACGACUGUUGUGAAUUGGCGCUAUAUAAAUAAAAUUUGAUUGAUUGAUUGAUUUCUUCUCACCAGACUGCCUGCUGAGUGUAGAUCGGCUCAUCCCAGUUUUGAUCAGGUGUAAAAUCUUGUCCCUGGUGUCCUCAGACCGCUCUUUAGUCAGUGUAGAGGUUACAGUCUGACAGUUUCAGGGUGUGGACAGGUGUCUUUUAUAGAGAUAAUGAGUUCGAACAGGUGACGUAAAUUUAGGUAAAAAGUGGAGGAUAGAAGAGCUUCUUAAUGACGAAGUAACAGAAUACUUGCUUGUUUGUAGGAGCUAAAUACUCGUUUUCUGCACCAUCAUACUAAUAAAUUCUUUAUAAAUCAAACAAUGUGAUUUUACAUCCUGUCUCUCAGAGUUGACAGAACCUCUCUCAUCUUUUAAAGUGGGACAACUUGCAGAAUCAGUGGCUGCCAAAUACUUGUUUGUACUUUUUUAGCUGGAUAAAAAAAAGUGUGUGUCCUGGUUUUACCUGCAGGAGCGAGGAGAGCGCCCCCUGCUGGCUCGCUGGGCUCAGUACCUGGCGGGUCGCCUUGACGAUGACCUCGUCCCCUCACCCGAGCUCAAAGGUCUUCUGAGAGCCGGCGUCCCUCAGGAGUACAGACAGCAGGUGUGGCGCUGGCUGGUCCGAGCCAGAACCAGAACCAUGAGAGAGCAGCACUUAGAGCGCUACCAACAGGUAGGAGGGAGGAGCACACCUGCUCUAGACCGGGUUCAGGCCUAGACCUGUCACAGCUGUCAGUCACUGCGGGUCUCCUCAGGUGGGUCUUCUUGUGUUUCAGCUCUGUGAGAAGAGUCGGACCUCUCCUCACCCCGCCUGCAGACAGAUCCAGCUCGACCUCCACCGCACCCUCACCACCAAUCAGAAUUUCUGCUCACCCUCUAGCCCCGCCCUCCAGCAGCUCCACCGCAUCCUAUUGGCCUUCUCCUGGCAGAACCCCGCCAUUGGCUACUGCCAGGGUCUCAACAGGUGAGUCCGCUCAGCAGGACUCACACAUGUCCUCCCGUUGUUCUGAGAGUAAACACGGGUCAUGUGACCUGUCUGUCCCUUUAGAUUGGCCGCCCUCGCUCUGCUGGUCCUUCAGAACGAGGAGGACGCCUUCUGGUGUUUGGUGACCGUGGUGGAGACCAUCAUGCCUCAGGACUACUACACCAAGAACCUGGUGGCCUCUCAGGUCAGUUCACCAGUUAGACUUCUCCACUGUUCAGGGUCUCCUUGGUCCUGGUUUUGGGGUCCAAAUGGGGGACAUGCAUCAGUCCAGGACUCUUCUCCUGUUGUCUGAAUCUGGUUCUGGAUCAUCUGAAGGUCUUCUCUGAAAAACUCUUUGUCUGGAUGGACGCAGAUGUUCCUCCUAAACCUGGAGAUGUUGUUUAAAACUGAGGAUGCAGCAUCUAUGAUUUCUAGUUCUACGUUGAAAGGACAACUGGACUUACGUAAGUCCAGUUGUCCUUUCCUAAAGAGUGUUAGAUUUAGAUCCAUCAGACCUCAGGAGAGUGUGUGUGUGUGCGUGUGUGUGUGUGUGUGUGUGUGUGUGUGUGUGUGUGUGUUCAGGCAGACCAGCGUGUGUUGAAGGACCUCCUCUCGGAGAAACUCCCCCGUUUGGCGGCCCACUUUGAGGAUCACAACAUCGACGUGUCUCUGGUCUCCUUUAACUGGUUCAUGGUGGUCUUCGUGGAGGGUCUGCCCAGUGACAUCCUGCUGCCGCUGUGGGACGCCUUCCUGUACGAGGGCACCAAGGUACACACACACACACACACACACACACACACACACACACAGAGGUUCUGUUUUCUCACCUGUCCGGUUCCUGCUCCAGGUGAUCUUCAGGUACGCUCUGGCUCUGUUUAAAUACAAAGAGGAGGACAUCCUGAAGAUCAGAGACGGUGUGGAGAUCUACCAGUACCUGCGCUUCUUCACCAAGACCAUCUCUGACAGCAGGUACGCACUAACCUGUCUCACUCACCUGUCUCACCUGUCUCACUCACCUGUCUCACCUGUCUCACUCACCUGUCUCACUCACCUGUCUCACCUGUCUCACUCACCUGUCUCACCUGUCUCACUCACCUGUCUCACCUGUCUCACUCACCUGUCUCACUCACCUGUCUCACCUGUCUCACUCACACCUGUCUCACCUGUCUCACUCACCUGUCUCACUCACCUGUCUCACCUGUCUCACUCACCUGUCUCACCUGUCUCACUCACCUGUCUCACUCACCUGUCUCACCUGUCUCACUCACCUGUCUCACUCACCUGUCUCACUCACCUGUCUCACUCACCUGUCUCACCUGUCUCACUCACCUGUCUCACUCACCUGUCUCACCUGUCUCACUCACCUGUCUCACCUGUCUCACUCACCUGUCUCACUCACCUGUCUCACCUGUCUCACUCACCUGUCUCACCUGUCUCACUCACCUGUCUCACUCACCUGUCUCACCUGUCUCACUCACCUGUCUCACCUGUCUCACUCACCUGUCUCACUCACCUGUCUCACCUGUCUCACUCACCUGUCUCACUCACCUGUCUCACUCACCUGUCUCACUCACCUGUCUCACCUGUCUCACUCACCUGUCUCACUCACCUGUCUCACCUGUCUCACUCACCUGUCUCACCUGUCUCACUCACCUGUCUCACCUGUCUCACUCACCUGUCUCACCUGUCUCACUCACCUGUCUCACUCACCUGUCUCACCUGUCUCACUCACCUGUCUCACCUGUCUCACUCACCUGUCUCACCUGUCUCACUCACCUGUCUCACUCACCUGUCUCACCUGUCUCACUCACCUGUCUCACUCACCUGUCUCACUCACCUGUCUCACCUGUGCAGGAGCAUCUCCACACUCCUCCUUCUCUGUGUGACACCGCGGUCGGUUCAGUUUCCAGAAUCGUCCGAGUCCAUCAGACUCAGGGUUCUUCUGAAAAUGAUUUGAUGUUUGAACGUUAAAGGGAUAUUCCGCUGUUUCUUACCCCUUUAAUUUCAAAGUUUUAAAUCUGACCUUAAAGAUCUAGGACCGUGUUCAACUGUUUGAGGGAUAUUAAAACAUGGAUGGACCUGAACUUUUUAAAAUUAAAUGAAAACAAAACUGAGAUUGUCCUCUUUGGCAACCCUGACACCGUCAAGGUCCUUGCCAGCUCCCUCGGCCCCUUAGUACCCUAUAUAGGUUCCCAGGCCAGAAACCUAGGUGUCAUUGUUGAUGGGGCUCUUAAGCUGGACAAGCAGAUCAGCUCCGUUGUGAAGGCUACUUUUCUUCAGCUUCGGCUACUGGCAAAAGUCAAGCCUUAUCUUAGGAGGCCAGAUCUGGAAAAGGUUAUCCAUGUUUUUAUCUCGUCUCGCCUUGACUACUGUAACUCGCUGUAUUUUGGCAUCAGCCAAACUGAAAUUAACCGUCUACAGCUUGUGCAAAAUGCUGCUGCUCGUCUCCUGACCGGAACCAAGAAACGGGAGGCUCCCAGUCAAGUUCAGGAUUGAUUUUAAAAUUCUUUUAUUUGCUUUUAAGUCUUUGCACGGGCUGGCCCCAGAGUAUUUAUCCGACCUUGUCAAGGCGCACCGACCCACCAGAUCCCUGAGGUCUGCUGACCGGAUGGUUUUAGAUGUGCCGAGAACCCAGUUGAAAAGCAGAGGGGAUCGGGUAUUCGCGGUUGCUGCUCCCACUCUGUGGUAUGCCCUGCCUCUGUCUGUGCGUUCUGCAACCAGCCUCACCUCCUUCAAAACGCACCUUAAGACCUACCUGUUUACCCUAGCCUUUGGCUGAGUUGUCACCUGCUUUUACUCGCGUACGCUUUUCUUUUACUGUUGUCAUUGUAUGUUGCACUUUUAAUGUUGCCAUAUUUGUAGCUUUUAUUAUUUUAUGCUUUUUCUUUUUUCUCCUGUAAAGCACUUUGUCUGGCCUGUCCUAUAAAGGUGCUAUAUAAAUAAACUUGACAUUGACCGUCUGUAGAUCCGACUUUAACGCUGACGGAUCUGUUUGACUCGCAGGAGGCUGAUCAGCAUCGCUUUCACCGACAUGAACCCUUUCCCCGGUCGCCUGCUGAAGAACCGGCGAGCGCUGCACCUGGAGCGCCUGCAGGCGGAGCUGCGAGAGCUGGAGGAGCAGCAGCGGGAGUUCGUCACGGAGAUCCCCGUGCGUAAAGACAAAGAGCUGGACGCUGGGGUCAGCGAGGACGACGAGGACCUCUGAGCUCUGCAGCUGUAACCGUGAAGGUGACUGACACCUUUGUUUGUCCUCUAGAAAUUCU